AUGGCCUCCAACCUAGUAGCGGUCCCCUCCAACCUCAGAGCAAUUUUUAAAGAUGUGUGGUGGGACUUGGUGAAUUUGCACAUCUCUUUGCAUCCUGAGUCCGCGCCUCCGCCUGAUCACUCCAACAUUGCGGUGCAUUCCCGUUUGGUGGGGCAUUCUCGCGCCAUUACCUCGGUGUUCUUCAACCUGCUCGAGGAUCAGCUGGUCUCGACCUCCAUCGACAAGUCUGUCCGUUUCUGGAAUGUGGACACUGGUGAGAUGCUGAAGGUCUUUACCGACUCCUCGCCGGUGCCAGUCGCUGCCUUCCUGCCCUUCAACCCGCAGAUCUUUGUGGCCGCCAAUUCCAAUGCUGUUCUUCGGCUGGUGAAUGUGCAGAACGGCAUGGUGAUACAGAAGCUGAAGGUGGAGACAGAGGUGAGGACCCUGAAGUUCGAUGACACGGGCAUGUUCCUUUUGGCCCGUGCCUGA